UAGUACCUACCUACCUACUUAUACACGGAGAUUGUAAGUUCUUCAUAAGCUGGCUUUCUCUUCUUCCUUCCUUCUUUCUUUCGAGAGAAUCCUUUCACAUACCUGCUUUAAGGUCACACAAAUAUCCGCAUACCUUACCUUCUCCUCCUUCUCCUCCUACAGGAUUUUUUAAAUCGAAUUCUUCUUUUGCGUUGGCUAGAAUACUAGAAUCCUAUCCUAGAGUCUCGAGUUCUCAAGAUCUCAAGGUCUCGACAUUCGAAAAGAAAAGAUAAGAAAGAUACGAAAGAAAGAAAGAAUUACACCCUUUGUUCCGUGGCUUUUCGUCUGUCUUGUGAGAGUGAGGAAGAGAUAAAUAGGAUUUACGAAUCUACGAAUCUACGAAUAUACGAUAUACGAAUUGCGAAUCUACGACUUCUGUUCAGUAUUUUUGUUGUUGACAAUUGCAAAUAUGGCUCCCGUUGGUCCUCCCUUUCUUUUGUUAACUGCUUGCUUUACUUUUAUACUUUUGUACUUUUAUUCUUCUUGUUUGUGUGGAUUGAUCUGAUCGUAAAUGGAUGAAUGAUUGAUUUGAAGCUUUGAUCCUUUACUUCAUUUGUAUCGAUCAAUCAAUCAUCAUCAAUCAUGAUCUUCUUCUCCAACUCCUUCCGUAUACAAACUAACCUCCUCUUCAAAUCCUUUGUACAAUCCCAACUAAUCUCCUCCCACUAGAUUACCACCCUCCUCUUCGAUUGCGACAACACUCUCGUACUCUCCGAAUCCCUCGCAUUCGAAGCUUGCGCCGAUCUCGCCAAUGAAAUCCUCUCCGCUCGCGGUAUCAAAGACCGCUACACAGGUCCACAACUUCUACACGAAUUCGUCGGACAGAAUUUCCGCGGUAUGAUUGGAAGUCUCAAGAAAAAGUACAAUUACGAAAUGGAUGAUGCAGAACUAGAAAGCUACGUGAGUAAAGAAGAAGACAAAGUGAUUGGAAAACUCAAGGCUGCUCUUAAACCCUGCGAGGGUGUCGAUGAAGAAUUGAUCCGUCUUGAGAAAGAGGGAACGUAUAAAAUGGCUGUUGUGUCUUCUAGUGCUUUACGUAGAGUUAAAGCUUCGGUGGAGAAAGUUGAUCAGGCGAAAUAUUUUGGAGGGGAGAUUUAUAGCGCUGCGAGUAGUUUGCCGAAACCAACGAGUAAACCUGAUCCGGCGGUUUAUAUUUUUGCAAUGGAGAAAUUAGGAGUCAAGCCAGAGGAAUGUGUUGCGAUUGAGGAUAGCAAGAGUGGUGCUACGGCGGCGGUUCGAGCGGGCAUUUUUACGGUGGGUUAUGUGGGGAGUUAUGAGGUGGAUGAGAGGGAGAGAAUGGAGGGAGUUUUGUUGGAGGCGGGUUGUAAGGUUAUUAUGAAGGAGUGGAAAGAGUUUAAGGGGAUCUUGGAGAAGAUUCAAAAGGGAGGGUUAGAGAAUUAGAUGGGUAGAAGGUGAUCAGAUAGUUUGGAAUGGGUGGGUUAAAGAUGACAGGAGAGAGGAGGCAUCGAGAAAGUUUCUUGGCCUAAAAUUUCUUUGGAAGAUUUCUUUUUAUUCCUUUAAAAGCUUGUGGAAGUGGAAGGGUAUGUAAGGGAAGGGAAGGGGGAAAAGAGAUAGGAGUGCUGAGGACCUAGUAGCUUACUUACAGAUGACUUCCGAAUAUAUCUCUCCUUGCAUUUUCACAUACACUAGUUUAUUUUUUCUUUAUUACAUACACUGCAAUA